AGUUGCGAAGGAAGUGUCGUACCGAGUGGAUGCUGCUCAUUUUUCCGUGAAGCCCUUCCGCGUGCUCAACGGCAAGUUGAAUUUCAGUGCGGAAAAGUGGGGUGUGUGUGUGCGAAAAAUCGCUGAUAAAUUCGGGGGUGAAAUGUUGGAAGGCAACCCUGGGCGGGCGACUUGAGGACGAGAGGGAUAAUCUUGAGAAAAUCUUCAAUGUGAAUUUUCUCCGUCAACUUUAUCCAUUUUUCCUCUGGUGAAUAAACUUUCACAUCAGGAAAAUCACUUUUAGCCAGCAGCGAGCGGUGGAAAAAUUUAUUGAUAGUAUCGUGAAUAAUAAUAGCAGAUCAACAAGCGGGAGAGACAUAAAUUUUUAUGUGAGACGUACAAUUCUAAAAUUGUGAAUAAGAAUACAUAAAAAAAUGUUGUGAGUUAUCUCAUUCACGUACAGCACAUUAAUCUACAAUUUGCACAAAUUGGAGAAUAAUUCUUCUCUGUCAUGCUUGUGGGGUGAGGGGACGUGAGGCAAACAAAAAAAAAACAUUACGAGAAGGAAAAAAAAGGAAACUCGCAGUAGAGAAAAAUCAGAAACCUAGAAAAUGUACUGUGUUCUGAUAAAUGUGCUUUUCAUUAAUGCAUUGUAAUGUGAAGUUGAGUUUUUGUGCACCCACCUCACCGGGAGGCUAACCACCCAAACCACCCGUGUUUUCCGGGUUUUGGGAUUUUGGAAUGUGCUGUAGUGAUUUUUGCUCUUGUCCCACGGACACGGUGAGGUGAGUGUGGAACAGUACAAAAGCCUAAUACGCAAGUAUGUGGGUACUCGGAAAACAAGACAAUAUUUCAAGAGGAGAGUGAUAUGUGGUCGUUUGAGCGUUUGUGAACCUAAAUCCUUAUUAUUCCUAAUGCUCCGAAAAGGCCGCCGCACGAGACGAGGCAAUUUCAUCGCCCUUCUAGACACUCUGGCAAGAUGGUCGACAAUAUUUAUGGUGCUCGGAUUUGCGAAAGAUGGAAAUGGCCUCAUUCAGUCGCCUCAGACGACACCACACGUGGCCGGAGAUAGUGCAGGAAAGGGCCCCUUCCCGGAUAUUGAUACAAAUUUCCUAAAUAGUGUAAAUAGAAACCAACUGGAGCCGAUGGUCAGCUCAAAUGUAAGUGCUAAUCGAAUUAAUCACAUCAACAAGACGAAUCCAAUGCCAAUGAAAGGAGUCGCCACGGAGUCUCCUGCUCGUGCCAUCGAUAACCAAUUAAGUGAGAACGACGACACAGCCUCCAACUUCAACGAGACCCACUUUGGCACGGAAAAUUCAUCAACUGUAAUUUAUCAGGCUGGUUCCAUUGCAAUCCUCGAGUGUGUCGUUCGCAACAUUGGCGAGAAUGUGGUAUCAUGGAUCAGGCGGAAAGGGAAAGACUAUCAUCUGUUAACAGUUGGCUUAACAACGUAUAGUGGCGAUGAGAGAUUUAGUGCAAUUCACCCGUUGGAUUCUGAGGAUUGGACCCUCCAGAUAAAAUUUGUGACCACGACGGACGCCGGGGUGUACGAGUGCCAGGUUUCCACUCACCCACCAAUAUCAAUCUUUACGCAUCUCCAUGUUGUGGAAGCAAAAGCUGACAUUGCAGGCCCCCCGGAGAAAUACUUGAAACCAGGUUCAACCCUCCGUCUUGUCUGUCGUGUGCUCCAGAGUACAGAACCGCCACUUUAUUUAUUCUGGUACCACAACAAUCGGAUGAUAAACUACGACUCACACCGAGGUGUUAAUGUGUCCACAGAUGCAGAUAAUCGCCAUUCGGAGCUGCUAAUACUGCAGACAUCACUAUCAUAUUCAGGAAAUUAUUCCUGUGUACCCAACAAUGCAAUAUCAGCUAGCGUCCUCGUACAUAUAUUGAAUGGUGAAAAUCCGGCCGCAAUGCAACAUGGGGAGCACAAUGGGGCCAUUGAGAGCACAAAGAGGACCCCAAUGACGUGGUUGGUGAUAACUUUUCUCCUGCUUCAGCUCCUCUGUGGGAAAUCAAUGUGAAAUGUGUGUCUUUCUCAGUGGUUUGCAUUUGUAAGGGAAAAUAUGGUGUUUUAUGUUUUGAAGGGUGUUGAUGGACAUUUUAUUUAUGAGAAAGGACAAUUAUAUGAAGAUAAGUGAACAUUCUCUGAGAAUGAAUAACUUUUAAUUCAUUAUGGACACUCCAAUGACUGAAAAAGAAAUAUUCGUAAAAUUAAUAAAUGUUUAAGGAAAGUCAA